AUGUCCAGCGCGCUCAGGACGUUUCAAUGGGCGUUCCUAGGCUCUGACCAUGGGCACGUCACCAGGACGGCGCAGGAGGAUAUGGAGGAUGCCGAGGAGGAGAAGCCGAGAGGGGAGGAGGCAGCAGAUGACGAGGAGGGAGAGGAAAUGGAGGAGGGCGACAACGCUGUGCAGAAAGGGGAGGAAGGGCAGGAGGGGCUGAAGCUCCGAGGAAAGUCCUUCUUCAGCCUUGCCCGGUCCAUGUCCCAAGACAACCUUGAGAGCAUAAAGAUCUCUGCGCAUGUGACGAAGAAAGUUGCGUCGACCUUGGGCAGCAGCCUGACUAGCAGCAUCGUCAUCACUGUGAGAGCCUUCAUCUUCUCCCUCCUCAACUUCUUCAUGGAAUUCCGCAAUCUCCUCUCCUUCGGUAUUGACGCGAGGAUAGAGAGUUUGCAGGCAAGGAUGCUGAAGGUGGAGGAAGAGCAGCAGGACAUGAAGGGAGAGAUCGCUUCGCUCCGCUGUCAAGUCGAAGAAUUGAGGAGGAGGAUGGAUGGGGAGCAAGCGGCCCAGUAG